UUCCGAAUGACUCACUUCCGUUUAUUUUGGUUACAGGGUGUCAACAAUGCAUAUGAAGAAGAUUAAAUCGGAGAAUAUUAUUACAGUGACCAAUUUAAUCACUUGAACACAUCCUAAAUGAGGAUCUGAAUAGUAAACGUGUGAGUAGAAUCUGAAAAAUGUCUGGCCUCUUCCGAUGUGCUGGUGACAUUUUGUUUGAUGAUCACCAACCACUACCUGGACAGAUAAGCAAUGUUCAGCUGAAGAAGUUUUCAGAAACCAGCAACUUCUUGCAGCUGAAACAGCCACUAACUCCAGAGCAUCCAUACUUCUUUGCUCAAAUAAGAUCAUUAGCACAACAGAGUCGUAUUACACUGGGUAUAGCUGGUCCUGAUAUUGAUAAUGAUGCUCAUCCUGGCCAUUGGAAUAACACAGUUGGUUUCCAUAGCGACACUGGCAAAUGUUUCUCUUCACAUAAUAGUUCGGCUAACACUAAAGGAGAAAAGUUUUCUAUUGGUGACAUGUUUGGUGUGAUGGUGACAUAUUUUGGAGAGGGCAUGUCUACUGUACUAUUUAUUAAGAAUGGUGUUCCUGUUGCAACAAGGUAUUUAUUUGAGCCAGACAACAGAAAGUUCUUGCCAACACUUUGCUUAGAGAAUGGACCGAUAGAUUUAGGUAUUAUGUGGCCACAAGCAGCAAUCGGAAUACCUAAAUUUGAUGAGAGAAAUAUGCUCAAUUGGAUCAAGGAUGAUGGAAUGCAGUAUGAUUCUGGCAAGAACUUGUUUACGUACGACCAAAAAAAUCCAGAAGUCACAUUACAAAGUCCAGUUCCUCUCACGAAAGAUUUAGUUCACUAUGAGAUGAUAGUCAUGGAGACGUUAGAUGGUGAGAGCCCAGCAGUGGGUUUAGCAACUUGCAGUCCCCUAAUGCCAACACCUACAUGUGUGCUACUCAGAGAUUUUUUCAGGUGGAAAGCAGAAGGCAAAGAUUUACAAGUCCACGUUGGUCAGCGUAUUGGGUUUGGAAUUCAUUAUAGCCCGGAGGAAGUGUCAAAGCCGGACUUUGACGAUAAAAAGCAGCAAUUAGUUUUGUGUUUUGUUACCAUGGAUAUGCAAAUUGUGUUCUUCCGAAUGAUGAUGCAACCUCCGGGUGGUUUCUAUCCUUUAAUUGUGAUGACAAGGGCAGCUUCAAAAGUGUCUCUAGAUUUAGAGACUAAUCGAGACUUGGGACAGGAGAGUACACGUGCCUUACUAGAUGAUCUUUAUCAGAAGAAAUUACCCGAGGCUUUAGAGGUUGUUCAGAAAGAUAACGAGUAUAGAGAAUUGAGUAAAGAUAUGUUCAGAAAGUCGGAUGAUAUAUCAAUAGAGGUGGAAGAGCAAGAAUGUGUAGUCAGUCUUCCAAAGGACAAGAGGCGAAUACAUGCAAUACAGUUUAAUUGUUGUCUUAAUCCCCAGCAUUCAUACUUCUGUGCUCAAAUUGUUAAACUAAAUGAAGAUUCUGUGGUCAGUAUUGGUGUAGGUGAUUCAAAUUUCCCCCUCACCAAGCAUCCUGGUAAAUGUGCCCAGUCAACGGGUUAUGUGUCAAGAGAGGGUAAAAUGUACUGUAACGAAAAGUCUGGUGGUAAUAUAGAGGGAGAAAGAUUUAAUGAAGGUGAUAUUGUUGGUCUGGAUGUAACCACUUUCAAUGAAAAUGGCUCCUCAAUUGUGUUAUUUAUCAAGAAUGAUCGUCCAGUUGGAAUGCGUUAUGUUACGAUUAAUUGUGAUGACUUAAUGCCAACUAUAUCUAUGUGUGGGAAUGGCUAUGAUGUCUGUCUGCAUGUAUUCUGGCAAAACAGGCUCUCUGAUGGACCAAACACAAAAUUUUUUUGUAACCUGAAGAACUGGUGUUUACCAUCGGACAGUGAAGUGGACGAGGACUCAAAUACUGUGAUAGUAAAGGACCAUCUCAAACCUAUCUCUAUACAAUGUCCCGAACAUUUAAAUGAAUUUUUCAAUCAUUUUGAGAUGGAGAUACUGGAUGAGUUUGGUGGCAGUCAUCCUCCUCCACCAGUGAUAGCACUCUCAUCAGCAGCAACAAAAGAUAAUUCACACCUAGAAGAAAUGUCCAACUUCAGAAUAGACUAUCUUAGGUUCUGGGCUGUUGGAGAAGCUGAACAAUCAGUAAAGGUUGGAGAUUUAGUCGGGUGGGGAAUGUUAAUACCGAAGUCACAGAUGAAUAAAGAAGAUCGAAUGGUGAUUUGUUAUCUCACUAUUAAUCGUAACAUCGCACUUACAAGAGUCAUGUUUGAACCUCCAGGUGGCCUCUAUCCCAUAGUUAUACUUCCUAAUGAUGUUAAUAGGGUGAAACUGGAAUUUUCUGCUGUUCACAUUACUAAACAUCCAAUAUCUGAUGAACUUGUUGACAAGCUUCUGUCAGAGGCAGAGGAAAUUUAUGAACGGGAACAAGAAUUCUUGCAGGCAAACAAAAACAAAGACAUAGAUGACUUUGAGCUUGAUAGGUCUGCUUUAUUGAAACCACUUCCGCAGCAGACGGACAAAAAUUCUGGAGAAUCAGAUAAACAUGUUGAUAAAAGUGAACCAAAAUUAAGGAAUGUAGUUAUGAAAGCAAAGGGGAUUGACAGUGUUCAAAAAGCAGUGAAAAAUUACAGGGAUAACCAGCAGAUGGGUCACCAUUCCAAAGCAUGUGUGAUAUUAUGAUUUAGGCUUUGUGUAGGAAUUUUUUUUUCAGUUGAAAUCAAAACAGUGAUUACAUGAAUUGUUCAUUUCUGGUUGGACAGCAAGACAUAAGCUUCACAAAACUGAUUGUAUGGGAAAUAAAUGAAGGUUUUCAGCACACUGGGUAUGGUAUAUUCAUAAUAAACCAUUUGAAUAAUCUCCUUAUAACAAGAUUAAAAGCAUUUUUUUGGGCACUGUGAUGUUAUUGUUUGGUAUGUCUAUAGUCAUUUUCAAACAUAGCAUUUAGGAUGAAAGUCAAAAAAUAAAUAAAUGUCUAGUUUUAAAUCAAGAUACAUGUAUAUGUAUUGUUCUUAAAGAUGAUACCAUUUCUUUCCAAACGGCUGUUUUAAGGUAGUGGACCUGUAAUAACAAUAAAAAGAUUCUCUUUGAUUACAUAGUCUCAGUAAGGGAUUUUGUCAUUCUUUAGCUAACAUAGUUCUCAAGGUGUUUGUAUGAGAUAGCUAUGUUAACUUGCAAACAAUUCUAAAAAUGGAAAUAGAUUAUCUUAAAGAUAUUUCUGAUUUUUAUUAUGGGUCUGCUACUUUAAUUGUGGUGCAUUUCUCUUUACUUGUAACAAAGGUCUAUGGACUACUUUGGUAAUUUUAAUUUUCUGGUAUGAUUGGUAUUUCAACAUAUAACAUAUAUAAAUUUUGUCGUUAGAAUUUUAUCACAUCAGAAUGCUUUGGUUAAUGCUUUCACCAAGUCAUUUUUAGCUGGACUAUUCGAAGAAUAGAAUAGCUAUUGGACUCACCCGUCGUCUGCGUAAACGUUCUGAUUUGGUUAAGUUUUUGUAUGUAAGCUGGUAUCUCAGUAACCACUUGUGGGAAUGCAUUGAAACUUCACAUGCUUGUUCACUGUGAUAAACUGACUUAGAUUGCACAGGUUUGAUAACUCUGUUUUGCUUUUUACAAAAUAAAGUCUUUUUUUUUUUCAAUUUUGCAUUUUUUGGUUAAGUUUUUUUAUGUAAGCUGGUAUCUCAGUACCUACUAAUGGGAAUGGAUUGAAAUUUCACACAUUUGUUCACUGUGAUGAACUGACAUGUAUUUUUACAAAAUUGUCUCCCUUUGACAACUUCUUUAUUCAUUCAAUUGGCAAGACUGUUGAAUAGUCAGGUGUUGCUGUCCUGUGACGGCUCUUUUUUCAGUUAUUCUAACAAAUACCAAAAAUUGCAGUAAACUGCAGGAAUUCCAUGCAGUUUUUAGAGGUUGUGUUCAUAUUCUCAUUUGUAUAUCUUAAUUUGUGUAGCACAUUUUAGGUAAAGACAAUGUGGGCCUGUAAUGGACAGUUAUAUUAUAUACUUGCAAGAUGCUCAAUAUACACUUUACAUUAUAAAAUAUAAAAUAUUUGCCAAAUAGAGCAAUGCUUUGUACAGUUUAUAAAGAUGUAGUUUUAAGUGAGCAUGUCAUUUAUUUAAACAUGGUACUGUGUAAUAUGAAACCAUUUUUCUUUGUCAUGCUUUUUUAAAUCCAGACAGUUUCAAUCUUUGAAAUUUGAAUUUGAAAUUUAAAAUUAAGUAAUUCAUGUUCCCAUAAAAUUGCCAUUUUUUUUGCUGAACGCUAAAACCUUUAUGCCAAAACUUAAUGCACGCAAAGUUAAAUGAUUUCACAUUAUUUUCCCAUAUUACAUUUCAUUAUUUUUAACACAAAGGUUAAAAGUAUAAGACAAACUUAAUUUUCUGUCGUUAAGGCGUUUUUAUUGUAGAACAUAAUAUCUUUGAGACAGGUUGUCUGUAGCAUCCUUCCAGCAUGUUGUAUUUAUGUCACACACAUUUUCACCUAUUUGCUCACAAACAUAAGUUGCGAUAUAAUUUUUCUAGCAUUAUUUUUCUACAGCAUUAUUUAACUUUCAACAGGGACUUUUCCCCCCUUUUUGUACAUGGACUUUUCCCCCAUUUUUCUACAUGGACAUUUCCCCCUUUUUUUAUGAGUAUUUAUCUGUUGUCUGUGAUAUGUUAAUUGUUAUUUCUUAAUACUCAUAUGUAGCUUAAACUUGAUCAUUUGUACAGUAAACCUCGCUUAUAAGGAACAGCCUGGGACCUAUAAAAAUUGUUCCUUAUAACCGAGGUUCCUUAUAUCCGUAUAGCGGACUAAUUCCUUGUAACCGAGGUUUGUAUAACGAACACAAUUUGUAUAGCAAACACUAUUUGACUGACAUUUGAAAAGGGCCCCGGGUCAACCAUGAAUCUUUAUGUGAGAAAGUUGUGAGUCCAGUAUCGGUCCUUUCCUAGAGAGAUGGUAAGAAACUGACUGCGUGUGUAUGACUGCAAUAGCGCUGAAACACGGCGUUUAAACCUAAACUAAGCCAAAAUGUACGUCGGUAAGAACGACGUGAUUUGUGUUUAUUGUUGUCGGCUAUUUCUAUCUUCUUUUUAGGAGAGCACUACAUUAUGAUUAUAAAAUAUGUUUGAGCCCUUACCUUGCUCGACAGCAUAUUAUGUGAAUAGGCAUCAAUACUAAUAUAAAAUAAAUGCUCAAAUAAUUAAUACAAAAAUGUUCAAUUAGACUACCAAUUAAAAUUUAAAAGUAGGGUGUUUAUGACAUACAGUGCAUUACGACUAGACAACGGCGCCAUACAUAUGGACUAAAGUGUAAAUUAUACCUAUAGUUUUGCUAUUGUCCAUUUAGCACCUGAUAAAAUGUUUACAAAUCCGGACUGUUUGCCAUUGUUAAUUACGCGUAUUGUCCAAUUUAUCUGACCUGUCAAAUAAUGGACCCGGCUUUUAUUAUAUUCUGUUCGAGCCUAUAUCAGAUUAACAUGAAAGCCGGGAACAUGUUUUGACAGGUCAAUUAAAUAGCACAAUAAUUAAGACAUUUAUUUAGGAUAGUAUGGCAUGACCCUGUCCACGACUUAUUUUCGUUCAGUAUUGUUAUCAUGAAAUACCUGAUACAUGUAUCUCUCAAACAUAAUCUCGAGUAAAUAUCAAUUAAUGAUGAUAUUAUUUAUUUUCUUUUUAUCAUAACCGUGAAAUAAAACAAACUAAAGACCAUAGAAAUGAAAUAAUAUGUGUUUAUUCAUGUGCAUUAAAGCGCGUAAAAGUGCCGACAUUACUCUGACGUCAUCAGCAUUUCCCCUGUUUAUUUCCAGUUUUCAAUAAUUUUUAUUCUUUAUGUCUGUUCGCUAUAACCGAGGGGUUUUCCAUUGAAUUUCGUACUUUGGGACUAGAAAAAGUGUUCCUUAUAACCGAGUGUUCCUUAUAACCGAGUUCCCUAUAACCGAGGAUUUUUACAUUGAAUAAAGAAGGAAUUCAAUCGGGGAAUUGAAAACUGUUCCUUAUAACCGGGUGUUCCUUAUAUCCGUGUUCCUUAUAAGUGAGGUUUACUGUAUUCAUUUAGUUUAACAUUUAAUAUAUUUCACUUUUAAGGGGGGCUUUUUUUAUCCAAUUUUAAAGUUAUUUCCCUUUAGUUCUAUAUUAUUUUAAUGAGAGUGUGUUAAAGGGACAUGCCUCCGGAUCAACAUCAGAAUUUCUAAAGUUUGAAAACAGAUAGCUAUUGAUACUAGAUGUAGAAAAACGAGAAUUUCUUCUACUUUUAGGAGAGUUUCCUACAUACCAUUUGACAAGAAGAGUUUUAUUGAAGUUAAAAAGCUCCUAAAACACACAGAUUCACACAGAAUCACUGAAAAAUUAUUGCAAAUCCCAGCUUAAAAAAAUAGACAUGAAUCUGGAGGCAUGCAACUUUAAAAUGGUCCCAUAGUAAGAUGUGUCUUGCACAACAAUAAGACCCCCUAGCUCAAAGGUCUCAAGGUUACUGUUGGAGGUCAAAAUUUAGUAGUUUUUUUCCUGUCUGGUCCAUAACUCUUUUCAUUGUUUAAGGGAUUUCAAUAUUACCUGGCACAAAUAUAUCCCAUAAUGAGACAACAUGUCUUCAUAACACCCAGAGCCCCAGCUCAGAGGUCAAGGUCACACUUGGCAGUCAAACAGAAGUAGUGUUUUUUCUUGUACAGUCCAUAACUCUUUCAUCCAUGAAGGGAUUCUAAUAUUACAUAGCACAAAUGAGUCAUGCCAUGGGAAAACCAACAUAGUGGGUAUGCGACCAGCAUGGAUCCAGACCAGCCUGCGC